GGUGAGGAUGCUAGCUAAGCCAGUGCUACAAGGUACACUGAAAGAAAUAAAAAUGUUUUGAUUAAUGCAUUGAAGCACAAAAUGCGAUGCUAUCUUCAGGCAUGUGUCCUGUGCGUGCUGUUCGCAUUCUUUUCGCUGCUGUAUGUGUUCAGUCACGUAGCCUCCACCUUGGAGGAUGCAGACGAGCGGAGCCGGAAAGCAGCGCGGCUAACCGACAGGAGCUCUCGUGACACCGUGCAGCUUCUCAGGAAAAGUCCGGGACCGGCAGGCCUUCGGGAAAAUGACAGGUGUAAAUCACUGUCAGUUUCUUACUGGAAUCCAUAUUGGAGACUGCCAGCUGAUGUGUGUGGAGUGAACUGCUUUUUGGAAUCAUCUCUUAGAGAGAAGUCAAGAUCUGAAGCCAGGAAACAUAGUGAUGAUGACAGAAUUCAUCUGGCUGUUGUAGCCUGUGGGCCCAGGCUCGAGGAGACUCUGAUCAUGCUGAAGUCUGCUGUUCUGUUAACCAAAAACCAUCUACACUUCCACAUAUUUGCUGAGGAUGAUUUGCAUGAUGGCUUCAGAAAUGCUCUGGAUUCCUGGCCCACGAUGAUUCAGACCAGGUUUAAAUUCACCAUCUACCCAAUCACCUUUCCCAAAGAAAACAUGAAUGAGUGGAAGAAGCUCUUCAAACCUUGUGCAUCUCAGAGGCUUUUCCUGCCGCUAAUUCUGACAGAUGUGGAUUCUCUGCUCUAUGUGGACACUGAUAUACUUUUCCUCCAGCCAGUGGAAAGCAUCUGGUCACUUCUAUCUCACUUCAACUCCAGCCACUUAGCUGCCAUGGCUCCAGAGCAUGAAGAGCCUCGUAUUGGCUGGUAUAACCGCUUUGCCCGCCAUCCCUACUAUGGCAAGACGGGCAUCAACUCAGGGGUCAUGCUCAUGAACAUGACGCGCUUAAGGGCAAAAUCUUUUAAGAAUGAUAUGACAACAGUUGCACUCCGAUGGGAAGAAAUUCUGAUGCCUCUACUCCAGAAGUAUAAACUCAAUAUUACCUGGGGGGACCAGGAUCUUCUUAAUAUCAUAUUUCAUCAUAACCCAGAAAGUUUGUAUGUGUUCCCUUGUCAGUGGAACUACCGUCCAGACCAUUGUAUUUAUGGCAGCAAUUGUCAACAGGCGGAACAAGAAGGUGUAUCCAUUCUCCAUGGUAACAGGGGUGUUUACCAUGACAACAAACAGCCAUCAUUUCGUGCUGUAUAUGAGGCCAUUCAAAAGUAUUAUGGAGAACACAUGAAAAGCAUGCAGUUGAAGGAUAAUUACUGA